AUGGUAACAGGCGUGCGUAAUAAUGAGUAUUCUGAUGCGUUCUUCACGUUGUAUGUAAGUUCGUGUCCAGCUCUGCCCAGUGCCACAGAUGGUCAGUACCAGUGUCUGGGGACCAGGACAGAUCGGCCCCAGAAGUCUCAACUCAGCAGAGCCCCCUCUAUCCAGUUUAUUGCUCUACCCACGGCCUCAGUGAGUAUCUCUCCUCAGGGUCCCCUCUACUCUGGAGAGACAGUCACUCUGCAGUGUGUCAUUCCAGACUACAAGGACUGGACGUACCUCUGGUCCAGAAACAACCAACAGUUUUCCAGUCAGACCAGUGAAACCAUCACCAUCUCUCUCCCUGACCAGACUGGUCAGUACCAGUGUCAGGGGAAAAGGACAAGGCGCCCCCAGUGGUCAAAUCUCAGCUCAUCUCUCCCCAUCAUCGUCACUGCUCUGCCUGAAACUACACUGACUGUAGAGCCAAACCCUGUGUUCCCUGGAGAGACAGUUACUCUGACGUGUUCAUUAGGAUCUGACAGUAUCUGGAGCUAUAAGUGGUACAAAGACAGGAAUAAUAAUGUAGUAUCCCAGUCUGUCAGACAGACUAUUACAGGAAACACCCUCAACAUCAGUAGAGCUGCUGAGUCUGACCAGGGUCUCUACUUGUGUCAGGGAGAGAGAAGAUCCAGACCCACAUCUUCACUACGAAGUAAUGUUAUUACCCUCACUGUGAAUGAUUAUCAGCAGUCGACGACACUGACUUCAGACAAGGAGGACGUAUUCACAGGAGACAGUGUGACACUGAGCUGUACUGUAGAGUCUUCUGGAUGGAAGUUUUACUGGUACAGACACAGACCAGACUCUACACCAGUAACCACAACCUCUGGAUACUCCUACACACUCAGCUGGGUCAGUGUCUCUGAUGGAGGACAGUACUGGUGCAGAGCUGGGAGAGGAGACCCAGUCUACUACACCCUGUACAGUGACCCAGUCCAGAUAAAUAUUACUGAGAGACCUGUUGCUGCUUCUGACCUUCAAACCAACUGGACCCAGCAUGAUUCAAUAUAG